GAAGGAACUGCACCAUAUAUACAGCGAGGUCCCUCCCAAGUUCGGUUGCCCGGCAGCGUCAUGGAUGCUCUUCUUUCGACGAGCGGAGGGGACGAGAGAGGGACGUUUACCGGGAGCGGAGUGAAGACAGCACGGGUUCAGAGGACGCGCGGGACGCCUGCUUUUCUGGAAGGCGCUAGAUGAAGUGGAGGUGCUGCUGCGAGACGCUGAGUCGCGUGGAUUUAGGAUGCGGAGGGGCGGCGCUAUAGUGGAGGGAUGAAUGAAAGGAAACACAGCACUGAGCAGGAGGAGCAGCUAGCAGGGCUGUAGCAGCAGAAGCUGCAGGGAGACUGGGGGACUCAGAGGCUACUGGCAUUGUUUGUUUGUGGCAGCGUGUUUGGGUGGGUGUCUUAGCUAGUAGCUAGAUUAUACAGGGAGGCGCGUGGGCGCGCGCGUGUGCAUGGGCUGCUGUUUAGCUAGAAAUCAUACGAAUAGACAGAGCACUGACUGUGUCUUGUGUAGACUUGUAUAUAUAGGCGAGAUGUUUGACGCUCAGAUUGGCUGAUAGCUCGGAAAGCGUCCCACUCAUCUGACAGCUGAUAGGCUUUAUUAUCGUGUUUGAUCAUCUCUCAAAGACUUAUACAGCCAGAACUAGGCUGCACACAAGGCGCGAGAGCACCUGCUUUCAAACGCGUGGUCGGAUGGACAGUGUACAAGUAGCAUGCCACAUUAACUUAACCCUCACGUGGGCAAUUCCCAUGAUCAGCUAUAUCGAAGAUAUGACAUAUCGAUUGAUUAUAGACGUGUAUGCACUCAUGCAUUCAUGCUCAGCUAGCAAGUAGUAUCGGUUUCAAAAACAAGCCAAACCGCAAUUACGCACGCAUUUUACGUGUAUGCACUUUUUUACGCAUAUUGUGCGUAAUUACAGACAAAAGUGACUCUAGUGUGACUGAACCUCAUUCAGAUGAACCCAACACCAGAGCUAAAGCAGCAUGUAACUAAGCCUCACAGGUACUAGAAAGUGAAAAAGGAGAUGGAGAAAGGCUCUAGGAGAAGUUAAAGGUAAAGGUGUGAGAGUCUAUCACUCAGAGAGGAGGAGGAAGGGAAGGAGGGGAAGAAGGAAGGGGGGGAUGAUCCCUGGCGUAGCUGCUGGCAGAGUAAUCGGCCACACUGAGAGCGGAUUUAAGGGCGAGAUUAGCCACGGACUGCUGCUGCUCUGUUCGCUCCUCGCUGUGCGCUCUCUUCUUUACGCGCCGCCUGCGUUUUUACGCACUGCUCCCUGACGCCGCGCGCGCGUUCACGCGCUGUAUAGUGCGCGAGCCUGGACAUUCCACGUCCACAAGGUGGUCUUGUCGUUCAGUCUCCAGCGCAACAGACUGGUGGUGGUGGUGGUCAAGCACACGCUACAAAAUGACUACAGUGCGCGAGCCCAGAGAGUGCCAGUGACGACCCCUUACCCCCCCACCGUCCUGUGCCAGUCAGUGGCGGACGCCUGCAUCUGUAAAGGCAAAAACGUGGGACUAACCGCAGACCUGUGACCUGUUGAGUGGAGGUGAUCCUCAGCGGGCAGUGAUGCUGUUCUCCAGACCGGCGCGUCCUUCGCCAGCCAGGCUUUGUGGCACUUUGUAGGAGCCCUCGCGGAGCCCCCCCACCCCUGAUCCUCAGUGAGGAUGCUGCGCUUUCCCCUGAAGAAGAUCAGGAAGCAGUUUAAGCUGCUGCUGCUGCUGGUGCUCCUCACCUUCGCCGUGUGGUUCACCUACCUGCACAUCAACCAGGGCAAAGCCAUCAAGCUGCACUUCAACUACGGCAAAGAUGGAGAGCGGCAGGCGGAGGGGACCGAUGCCAGCCGUAAAAGAGAUUCACGCUCCUCAGACGGCCAUCGCAAGAGUGACGAUACCAGUGACAGCCGUGAGGAAGAUGCAGCGGAGGAUGAGCUUCGUGCUGAUGGCACUAAUAGCAGAGAUCAGUCUGAGAUAUGGAAGUUUCUCUCUCAGAGGCACAAGAAGUUGCCAUGGAAACCUGAGUUUAAAGGUCAGGCUAACCUCCAUGUUUUUGAAGACUGGUGCGGCUCCUCUGUCGCUCAGCUAAGAAAGAACCUGCAUUUUCCUCUCUUCCCUCACACGAGAACCAUAGUGAAGAAACUGGCUGUUGCUCCAAAAUGGAAGAACUACGGUCUGAGAAUCUUUGGCUACAUUCAUCCAUAUAAAGAUGGAGAUUUUCAGUUUGCAGUGGCCUCUGAUGAUAACUCUGAAUUCUGGCUGAGCUCAGAUGAGAGCCCGCUGAACGCCAGGCUGCUGGUCUAUGUGGGGCAGCUGGGGUCAGAGUGGACAGCUCCUGGAGAGUUCACCAAGUUCAGGUCACAGACCUCCAAAUCUGUCCAUCUUAUUGCCUCUAGAAGAUACUACUUUGAGAUUCUUCACAAGCAAGAUGACAAGGGCUCGGAUCAUGUGGAGGUUGGGUGGCGACCUUUUCUGCCAGGCCUGAAAUAUGAAGUCAUUGAUUCAGCCUACAUCUCGCUAUACACAGAUGAGAGCAAUCUGAAGAUGAACAGUGUGGAUCACAUCCCUCAGACGCUCGCCAGCCACAGUCGAGUGCCCGGGCUGGCUGAGGCUGGCAGCCGGCACGGCGCCGACAUGCUGAAACCGGACCCCCGCGACACCUUCUUCAAGACACCUAUGAUUGAUCCCUCCCGGCUGGAGAAUGUGCUGCCUUCCUGUCUGUACUCGCCCACUUACGUAGUUAAAGACUUUCCCAUCGCUCGCUACCAGGGCCUACAGUUUGUCUAUUUAUCCUUCGUCUAUCCUAAUGACUUCACUCGACUCACCCACAUGGAGAGAGAGAAUAAGUGUUUCUACCGGGAGUCGCCCAUUUACCUAGAGAAGUUUGGCUUCUACAAAUACAUGAAAAUGGAUGAGGAGGAGGAUGAUAGGCCAUUCUUCUUCCCCAACCCUGAUGAUUUUCUUGAAGAAGAGGAGGGUGUGGAUCCUGAGGAUGAAGCAGAGGUCGUUGGCACUCCUGCGACAAAGAGGACAACCCGCCCCAGCCAGUCCAGUCACACCUCUAGCCCUUCCCAUAGAUCAACAGAAAAAGAAGAGGAGGUGGAGCUAAGGAGCCCGAUGCUGAGGAGAGAGCAAAGACACUUUUUACACAGGGAGGAGUCAAGGUGGAAAGAGGAGGGGCCAGAGGAUCCUGAUGGACAGGAUGAGGGAGCAGAGGAAAAGGAAUCUCAGAAUGAGAAUGUGGUUCACGGUCGCUCUCUCUCGUGGAUCCGGAAAGAUCCAGAGGUACCGAGGAGAGGUACUAAACUCAGCAGAUCUGCUCUGCUGUUUCCUCAGAAAACCUCCCUCGUGGCUCUAACCAGUCGAGCCAAGCAGAUCCUGACCAACUCUGCCCACGCCGGCCGUUCCACCGGACGUAACCAUGGCCGUAACGAUGGGCGCAAUGAUGGGAACAGCCGCCCUGGGAACAACAAGGAUCGCAAGAAGGAGGACAACAAAAUAUACAUCACCAGGCCUCGAUCAGGCAAGGAAAAGAAGAAUCCUGCCUCUCGACAACCUCGAGAGGUCUUCCCUGGGGUCUUUCUCUAUCAAAAUGGUAAGACCACCAAGUUGGUCAACCUCAGCUCCAAGCCCAAGUCUAAUAAAAGAGUUCUGGGUGCAUCUCACCUCUUAGCAAGGCCUCCUCUAAGAGAGAGCAAAGCUUUCCCCUUGAGCUCCAACUCCAGCAGGCAGGGUGCAGUUCACCGUGCAUCCAGUAGGGCUGCGCUCCUCAGUCACACUGAAAAGAUGGGCGGAAAAUGGGCGGCACAAGAUCAAGAUGACCCUCACCCUCCCACAAGAGGAAGCACUACCUACAGACCGCCUCCUCCCCCUGCUCUUCCCUCAUUUAACUCCUCUGAGAACGCUCUGCCCACCGAGCCCCCGCGGGUCACCUCCUACCUCCGCACCUCCGAGAUCACAGAGUCCCAGCCCCAGCAGGGGGAGGCGGAGCCUGAGCUGGAGGAGGAAGAAGGGGGCCUGUCUGAGUAUAGCUACGAGGAGGUGGAGCCACGACCUGGAUGGGCAGAGGAGGCCAUUAAUUGGCAGAGGACGUUUUCAGUCAACAGUAUGGACUUUGAGACGUUGCGCUCGGACUGGAACGACCUGAGAUGCAACGUCUCGGGGAACCUGCAACUGUCCGAGAGCGAGGUGGUGGACGUGCUCGCCCAGUACAUGGAGAAACUCAACGAGCGCAAUGGAGGGAUCUACACACUGCUGCGGAUCAUAAACGUGGAGAAGAGGCGGGACUCUGCACGAGGGAACCGUUAUCUGAUUGAGCUGGAGCUGAUGGAGAGGGGGCGGAGCGUGGUGCGUCUCUCUGAGUACGUGUACCUGUUGCUGCACCGCGGCCGGUUAGAGGACAGUCUGGAGACCAGUGACGGGUUGACUGCCUCGCCUCCAUCAGCACCACAGACUCCCUCUGCUCCAUCCUCCACACAGCCCCGCGCCACGCCGCAGUGGGGUACCGUUUACGCCAAGCCUCUGCUCUGCCAGCCCGUCAUGCUGCAGUGGAAACGAGACGUCAUGGUGCACUUUGUGGUACCAGUGAAGAACCAGGCUCGAUGGGUGCAGCAGUUCAUCAGUGACAUGGAGCUCCUGCACCAUGAGACCAAAGACGAGAACUUCAACAUUAUCAUCGUGGACUUCCAGAGCGACGACAUGGACAUAGAGCAGGCUCUGAGACAGAGCUCUGUACCAAGGUAUGACUAUCUCAGGAGGGAAGGCAAUUUUGAACGCUCUGCUGGCCUGCAAAUUGGAGUGGACACAAUUGAGGACAGUCACAGUAUUGUGUUUCUGUGUGACCUGCACAUCCACUUCCCCCUGAACAUCCUGGAGAGCAUCAGGAAGCACUGUGUGGAGGGCAGACUGGCAUUCGCUCCCAUCGUCAUGAGACUGGGCUGUGGGAGCUCCCCACUGGAGCCAGAUGGCUACUGGGAGGUGAACGGCUUCGGACUCUUUGGAAUCUAUAAAUCUGACUUUGAUAAAAUCGGUGGUAUGAACACAGAAGAGUUUAAAGACCGGUGGGGAGGAGAGGACUGGGAGCUGCUGGACAGAGUGUUGCAGAAUGGUCUAGAGGUCGAGCGGCUGAGACUGCGGAACUUCUUUCACUACUACCACUCCAAACGAGGCAUGUGGAACUCGCAGACAAAAAAGAGCCCAAAGGGCUAGAGCUCAGACUUUUCUCUAAGGAGAGAGAGAGAAAGACUUCAGAGGGAAGUACGGGCCGCCUCGGCCGGCCACAUGCCCCUGUUUCUUCUCUCAAGACUCUUAUGAACCGUACAGGAGGGAAACAGCACUGGCCUGGCUGCUAUUGUGUGUCUACACAUCAGGCCAAGCCCCACAGCACUCACAGGAGAACUCACAGGAGAGACUCUUCUUCUACUUUCCCCGUUAUGUGUGUGUACGUGGGUAUGUGUGUGUGUGUGUGUGUGUGUGUGUGUGAGAGAGAGAGAGAGAGAUUCUCUGUUUGUUAGGAGAAGAUUUCUUUUUUUUAUACUUGAGAUAACCAAGCCUGGAGAUUUAUACUGAGAGAGGGAAGUAUGGCAGCUCAGUCUGCCUGUGUUAGUAUCAGGGCACUGACACAGUGGAAAGAGAAUUGCACCCAAUUCACGCUUGAUUCAGGCGCGCACAUUGUUUACACAGUAAAAUGAUACACUCAUAAUCAGAGAAAUAAUUGCAAAAACAAUUGGUAGAAAAAAAGGUCAGAUUGCAGUGCAGUUCUAAAGGAAGCUAAAAGUAACCAGGAACAAUAUGUUGUUUUGUUUUUUUAAUAUUGAUAUUUAAUAUGGGUUAAAACUCUCAUAGUUCAUAUUUAUUGUGCCACACAUAUGAAAGUAGUGUGUAACGUGCGUAAUGUAAGGUUGUAAUGUGUAUCGUAUUUUUCACACUAUAAGGCGCCCCAUAUUCUAAGGUGAGCUUUUAAUGAACAUCUAUUUUCUGGUCUGUUUUCAUACUUUAAUCGCACUGGAUUUUAAGAGAUGCUGGCUGGUGGUGGGAGGGUAGCUAACUAAGUUAAGUAAAGCUAAGCUAACUAUGAUCAACAAAAAAAAAAAAAAAUUAAAAAGCCUUUUUUUCAAAGUCAAACUUUAAGCGCUGGAUGUAAAUCUACACAGAUUUCUUUCCCUAAAACUGUUUAUUUGGGUGAGUAAAGUGCUUCAGUUUAUUUACAGUACGUUUAGAUUCCUAAAUUUCUCCAGCACUGAAGACGACUGGAGCAUUAGCAUUAGCGGCUAAGCACUAGCGCUUAGCAGCAAAUGCCACCUGAGCGCUACACUGAGGAACCCUGAGUGUCCGGUAAGCCAGGGCGAUAUUAGCUAACGGUUUGUCUCACGUAGCUUGUUUGUUAUACUCACCUCUGAACUGUGAAAGAGCACUUAGCAUGGUUAGCGGGUAAUGCUAAUGCUGCUUUAGCAGUGCUGGCUGGGGUUAGCAGCAGGCUACAGGUGGAUAAUACUCACCUCUGGACAAGGAAAUAGCGGAUAACAGCUAAUGCUAAUGCUACUCCAGCUCCGGUGCUGGAUAACUAAACUGAAACUCCUGUAUAAUGAUGCACUUCAGCGAAGAGGCUUUACUUUACUGCUCCUUACAAACUGACUGGUACAAUUCAUACAUAAUAAGAUGAUUUUUUGGGGGGAAAAUUAGAGGAUUUUAAGUGCGCCUUAUAGUGCACAAAAUACGGUAUUUAGAAAAGGUAGGGCCACUAGUUACAGAAAUAAUUUAUCUUCAUUUUAUUUACAGCAUUUAUCUGACACUAACAAGGAUUUUAUCUGACUAACAAGGUUAUUCCUAUUACAGAGAUGACAUUAUGAAGACAAAUAGUGUUCUGGCAUCACACGUGCAAUGAGUGUGUUUAUUAUAUUUGAUCCAUGUGGAAAUUAUUUAAAUGUACACGUUUAAAACAAUCAAAUUGGGUGCAUUUCUUUUCUCAGUGCAGAGCUUAAAGAUGUCAAAUUGAAAGUACAGUACAAAAGGGACAUUACAAUGAGUUACUUAAUGUGUGCCUCAUAAAGAUGUUUAAUAUGAAGGAUUACUGUGUAGAAGCUUAGCUGUGUGGGUAUGUCAGUGCUUAGGUAUGUCCUCCGUGGAUUUAAGAGGUUUUUGUUUGUUUGUUUUUGUAAUAUUAUUACAGCACUGAUUCCUGUUGAGAAGUACGAGCAGGUAAACUGUUCCUGAAGUUCAUUUAAACUGUCCUGGUACCUGCCAUCUCCAGCAGAGGGCGACACUGAGACGCUGAUGAAAAUUGAAAAUGCACUAAUGCUGUUUGUGGCUAACCUGCUUUCUUUCCCCCUGUAUACACUGACUGAACAGCCUGCUGUUUUUACAUUAGAGAUCCUGCUGAUAGUCAGACCGCUGAUCCUCAUGCUCCUGGACACGACUGGACUCAGGAGAUCUCUGAGAAAUGGAUGUUAGGAGUUAUUGUCCUGUUUUUUUAUUAAUUUCAGGGUAUUUGUGUUGUUGAGCAUAUUUCAAACUACUUUCAAACUAAGAGGUGGGCAAUAUGAUGAUGUAAUAUUGUAAUUACGAUAAAAUGCUUCACAAUAGUUCUGGUCAACAACCCUGACCAACUGGAAUGACUGCAGGUCAUUACAAGAAGGUUUAGAUAAUGUUCAGUAGCCAGUUGCACUAGGUGAACAUACUGUGCAUACAGCUCUGGAAAAAAGGAAUGAAGACACCACUUCAGUUUCUGAAUCAGUUUCUCUGAUUUUGCUAUUUAUAGGUUUAUGUUUGAGUAAAAUUAACAUUGUUUUUUUUUUCUAAAAACCACGGACAACAUUUCUCCCAAAUUCCAAGUAGAAAUAUUGUCAUUUAGAGCACAAAAUGAAAAAUGUCUGAAAUAAAAAAAAAAGAAGCAGAGCUUUCAGACCUCAAAUAAUGCAAAGAAAACAAGUUUAUAUUCAUAAAGUUUUAAGAGUUCAGAAAUCAAUAUUUGGUGGAAUAACCCUGGAUUUUAAUCAGAGUUUUCUUGCAUCUUGGCAUGUUCUCCUCCACCAGUCUUACACACAGCUUUUGGAUAACUUUGUCACUCCUGGUGCAAAAAUACAAGCAGUUCAGCUUGGUUUGAUGGCUUGUGAUCAUCCAUCUCCCUCUUGAUUAUAUUACAGAGGUUUUCAAUUUGGAAAAUCAAAGAAACUCAUCAUUUGUUAAGUGGUCUCUUAUUUUUUUCCAGAGCUGUAUGUUGUUCCAGAGCUGUAAGCUAUGAAGUUAUAUUAUUGUAUACAAUAUGAUAUGGCACAUUCCUAACUGAGAUAUUAAAAAAUACAAGAAUUCUCAUCAAGUUGUAAAUUAAACAUAAUGAAACAAGAAUGUCAUGAUACUAAUAAUACACAGCAAAUAUCUCUAUAUAUCCACAACUAAAAUAAAUGAUACUGGACAGAUAUAAUCUGUCUCUAGUAGAUAUAUAAUGGGAAACAAGAACAGUGUGAAUUUCACUUUCUUAAAAAUAGCAAAGUAGUAAAAUAGUAGUACCCCUGUGAUAAUUAGGGGUGGCUGAUAUUUCAGGCUAAAAUAUCAGUCACAAUAUUAAAAAAUAUUAUUGCAUACGAUAUGAUAUGCCACAGAAAAAACAUUUUUCUAAAAGUAAUGUGUGAGUGUGAAGAACCUAUAACUUGGGAGAGAACAUUCACAUUAAGAGAAGAUAGUUUAAGUCUUUAAAAUGUCUCACACUCACACUUCUCUAUGACACAAAUGCUUUUUACUGUAUCAUUAUUUUAUAUUGUGUGCCAUUAAAAUGUACACAUAUUGUAAUUAUAAUAUUUUUUUUGCCAUAUUGCCCACCUCUGUUACUUAAAAAAAAAACAACAACAACACACACAUAUGGUACUCAUCUUAGUUUUAGAAGCCUGAUUUCUCAGUUGCAGAUGAUUCCAGACUCAAACUGCUUUGGUCUCAGAUUUACAGUAAGUCAUUUACUGCAUCUGAACUAUCGGUCUACAGCUAAUUCUUAUAAUCUGUUUGUAUAAAAUAUAUAUAUAUGGAGAGAGAGCUGAUUCCAGGUCAGCCUUAUAAGACACUUUAUAGGCUCCAUGAUGUGCCAAGCACUGGGAUUAAACGACAGGCUGAGACUCUUCUUCAUGCAGCCAUGCAGUAUCCACCUAUAGAGACUAUUGCAGUGGGACAGAGCUGCUGUCUGUCCCCUAUGUGUGCCUUUCUGUUAAGGUGUAUUAAUAACAGGCUGCCUACGGCAAGCUUGAUUUACAUGUGUCAAGUCAUUUCUAUUGGGACUCAGAAAGCCUUGUUUCUGUUAUGUAGUGAAAAUGAAAGGUUUUAUCAGAGGAGAUUUAUAGGAAAAUAGUUGGCAUCGCAGGAAUUAUCUGGUGGCUGUAUCCAAACAGGUCACUGCUGCAGUAAUCAGUAAUUCCAGAGUUUCAUGGCCUUUGUUUUCAAAGCUUGCAGUAUUUACACUGACCGGACUGGUGCAAGGUGCAAUUAAUGUAUGGAUCUGCCGCGUUUUCUGCUGUUCUGUUCUGUACAGUACAGUGUGUCCUUUUUAAAAAGCUCAAACUCUGUUUACACACUGCUGAGCUAAAUAUUUCUUGUGUUUUUUUACAAGUUUUUUUAUGUUUACAGCUGUCACCCCUGCUUUUUAGCUUUUGAAACUGAAAUACAUCCAAAGCUCCUUGGCCAUUCCCUCCCCCUCCGACUCCCCGACCACGCCUGCGGACUCCGUCAGUUUAACAAACCAGACGGGGACAGCAAAUGAGUACAAGACUUUAAACAGGGAUCUACAUUCCAAAGUAAUUUCUGUGAAAUUGUUGAGUAGAAAAAAAAUAAGAAUGUAUUGUAUUCUUUUUUUAUUUUGAGCCUUUUGGGUUAUUUUUUUGAAAAAUAAAGUUUUAUGCUGAACUAUCA